AUGAGGAUGAGUAAUGGUGUUGUGCCUCUUCAUAAACUUGUUUUGAAGCCUGGUGUUCCUAUAAUGCUUCUAAGAAACUUGAGUCAGGCAAAUGGUCUGUGUAAUGGGACACGUCUUGUUGUCAAGGAGCUUGGCGAUCGAGUUAUACAGGCUGUUAUCAUGACAGGAUCCCACAUAGGAGAUGUGGUCUAUAUUCCUAUAAUUGAACUAAUCUCUAAUAAAACAAAGUGGCCGUUCCUAUUAAAAAGAGGCCAGUUCCCUGUGCGAAUGGCUCAGAACCAGCAGAUGGGUUUUACCCCGCUUUCUGACCUUACCCAAGGCAACACACGCUGGUCAGUGCGUGUGUAUGUGUCACGCCUAUGGCACCACCGUGGUGGUACUGACAAUGGACCUAUUAAACAUACGGACAUGGUUUUUCUUGAUGCUGAGGGGAAUCAUAUGUAUGCAGAGGUUCCAGAGAAGAUUGUUGAUCAGUUCAUGGACAUGAUCAGGGAAGGACACGUCUAUGACAUCAGGAAGUUCUUUGUUUUCCCAAAGAAGUAUGUCUUUCGUCCGGUCGAUGGAAAGGUCAUGAUCAAGUUCACAAGAUACACUUCUGUUGUCGAGAGGAACGGCCUGGACGCUCUUUUUCCAUUCUGCACUUAUGAGCUGACUCCUUUUGGUCAGCUUCCGAAACCUUCGGACAUGCCCGAGCGAUUUUCAGAUGUGCUUGGAGUUAUUACUGGUGUUUCUGAUGCGGUUCAGUACCAUAGUGCAAGCAGGUCUGAGCCUUCCACAAAGAGGAUAAUACACAUAAAAGACUUAUCUGGAAAUCAGCUCAGUGUCAUUCUGUGGGGCGAAACAGCUGCUGGUUUUGAUGGUGCUGGAAUUAUGGAGCUUGGCAAAACUGAACCAGUCAUAGCUAUCUUUGUUGGGACACUGGUUAAGAGCUAUGAUGGUCGCAGGGGUGUUAGUGGAAGUGCUGCGUGCCGUUGGUACAUCAAUGAGAAUCUUCCUGAUAUUGUCAACUUUCGUCGCGGGUACAAGAUUUGUUUCGUGGUUACGGAUGGUGAAACUGAAGCUAAGUUUGUCUUCUUCGAUAGAGUCGGGAGAGAGCUCCUUGGACUGCCCCUGAUCACUCUCUUGCGCCACGGUCAUGCGCCUGGUGCGACUUUGGCACAAGUUCUUGAGGCUGCACGUGGAGAUGAUUCUGUUCCAAAGGAGAUCACUUCUGUACUCUCGCGACAGUUCCGCUUUGUUGUCUCGAUCUCUAACAAGAUCUAUGGUACCGAGGAUGGCAACUUGUCCUUCCAGGUGCAUAGGAUUGAGGCACCUGUUGGCAAGCAGUCACAGUCCUCUGUGUUUUACCGUGCCUCUACAUCUGCGAGUGGCUCUGGCCCAGGCAGUUCUUCCAGCACUGUUCUUAUGCCCGUGGACAAGCCCUCCGAGAUCCCUCUGAAAUCUGUUUCAUCUGAUCUCACGGCUCAUGAUAACCUCUCUCCACAGAGCACUCCUCCUUCCAUUACAAAGCCACCGCUGGCUGGUGCUUUGCCAGCUGUUAUUGAAAGCAAUGUUCGACGCAACCUGUUUCCUCCGCUGGCUGCUGGCCCUGGUACUGAUGUUGUCCAUGAGAAGGUUUCGCUGCCCGUGGGUGAAGGUCUGCUUGCAAGUGCUGCAGAAGAUGCUGCGCACGGGACUGAAAUGGUUGAACAGGAUGCCGUGCUAGAUGAGCUAAGAUUUUUUGGUCAGACCCCGCCAUCGGCUAAGGUCUCUACGCCGGUGGGUGCUUCCCUCCCGGUGGUUAAGAAAAGCAAGAAGUAG